UUUCACGUUUUUUUUUAUUACUGUCGGACUCGGACGUCGAUAUUUUGAUUGAGGAGAAUUUGUAAAUAAAAUAAUUAUUUUAUAAAUUAAAAUCGAUGUUUAAAUGUAGUUUGUCUAAAUCUAAUUAGUAUUUAUAUCAGGAUAUAAUUAGUGAUUAAUGGGUGAAUAAUAAAUUAAUAACAAAUGUUCCUGCUGCUGCCUCGUCUUUACUGAACGAUGUUAUUUUGCCCAACAUGCGCUAACAUCCUCAUGGUGGAAGAAGGCCCUGAAGCCGGCUUACGAUACGCCUGUAAUUCUUGUCCUUAUGUUUAUAAUAUAAAAAAGAAAGUGUCUUCCCGCACUUUUCCUAAGUUGAAGGAACUAGAUUAUAUUAUGGGUGGUGCUGCUGCAUGGGAGAAUGUGGAUUCAACUGAUGCAGUUUGCCCUAAAUGUGGACACGGUAGAGCUUUCUUCAUGCAGCUGCAAACCCGUUCUGCUGAUGAGCCGAUGACAACAUUCUAUCGUUGCUGCAAUCACAAGUGUGCACACAAUUGGCGAGAUUGAAACUUCUUAA